UCAUUAGCCAGCUGUCAUACUUGUGGUUUCUGAUAGGACGUGGUUGAACGAAUUUAUUAAUAAUUGAAAAAUGUGGGGCGAUACGAUUUUAAUUGUUUUCAUAUCAAUUUGUACAGCCCUGUUGGGUGAAGGUCUUACUUGGGUUUUGGUUUACCGGACCGAAAAGUAUCAGAAAUUAAAGGGUGAAGUAGAAAAGCAGAGCAAAAAAUUGGAAAGAAGAAAGGAAAUUCAUGGGGAAUCAUUAGAAAAGUCCCAAAAGAAAAAAAUUGAACGUGAUGAGGAAAAGUUGAAGAAUAACAACAGGGAUUUGUCCUUGGUAAAAAUGAAAUCAAUGUUUGCAACAGGUUUUGCCUUCACUGCCUUAUUGAGCAUGUUCAACAGCAUUUUUGAUGGUCGUGUUGUAGCACAAUUGCCCUUCACACCAAUAUCUUGGAUUCAAGGCCUCAGUCAUCGUAACUUGUCGGGUGAUGAUUACACCGAUUGUUCAUUCAUUUUCUUGUAUAUUUUGUGUACCAUGUCAAUAAGACAAAAUAUACAAAAGUUACUUGGAUUUGCACCUUCAAGAGCGGCCAGCAAACAAGGUGGUUUAUUCGGCCCAGCCCCAGGACAAUUUAAAUAAAUAGGUGUAUGUGGCGAAAGCAAGCAGAUACUAGUUGAAUUAAAACAAACAGAGUUUUAAGUUUAAUUUAAAUACAAAAAAUAAUACGUUUAUUGUGUAAACAUUUAAUAUGAAAUUAUAAUCAAGACCAAUUUCUUUAACAAUUGUCCCAAAGUUAAAUAAAAAAAUUUUGUUUUUCGUUAGUUUUGAA